AUGUUCAAAUCCUUGCUCAUUACAACCUUCCUCGUGUUGGGUGUUUUGAUUUGCACCAAAACCGACAUGGUGCUUUCAGACAUUCCAGUUCACUGUCUCUUCCAUCAAGUCUUUGGCGAUUGGAAAUUUACUUUGACUCCAAUGCAAUAUUCCAAUGAUGUCGUUCAUAAUACUUGUUCCAUGACCUCUCCUUUGCCAAACACCGCCAACACAACGUUAAAUUUGAGAUUGUUGGCUCCCGAUGUCGUUUAUGAUGAAAAGGGUAAUCAAGGCUUUUGGACUUUGAUUUAUGAUCAAGGAAUGGAAAUUUUCAUCAACAAACAAAAGUACUUUGCAUUCUUUAAUUAUACACAAAAAGGACAAGUUGUUACCAGCAAUUGCGGUCAAACUUUCACUGGAUGGUAUCACGAUGCUGUUAUUGCGGCCAAACGUUUUGGCUGUUUCAGAGGUGUUCGAGUUGGUGCCCCUUCUGAAUCUGUGAGUACACAUAUUGAGCCAGUUAGAACCAACUUGCAUGAAAAGGUCUUUGUGAACAAUCCAGAGAAAAUUAAUAGCAUUAAUAAGAGUCAAAAACUCUGGAAGGCAAAAGCUUAUCCACAAUUUGAAGGCAAGACUUUUGCUGAGUUGAGAAGAAUUGCUGGUCGUCAUGUUCCUAAAUUCAGAAAGGAUGCAUUGAAGAUUCAAAAACAAAAAUUCCAAUCCAUGUCCCCAACUCAAACUCGUCAAAGAGGUCAAAAGAAAAUUAUCUCUGAGGAAGAUAUUAAGGCUCUCCCAACUGAAUUUAGCUGGACCAAUGUCAAUGGAAAGGAUUUUGUUGUACCUGUAAGAAAUCAAGGACAAUGUGGUUCAUGCUAUGCCUUUUCCACAAGUGACAUGUUUGGAAGUAGAGUUCGAGUGGCUACCAACGGUACCAAGCAACCUGUGUAUUCACCACAAGAUAUUGUCGACUGCUCUGCAUAUUCACAAGGAUGUGAUGGAGGUUUUAUGUAUUUGGUAUCCAAGUAUGCUGAAGAUUAUGGUUUGACUCUAGAGAGUUGUGAUCCAUAUCUUGGACAAGAUGGUACUUGUCGUAAUUACUGUCCAGCCAGUAAGAGAGAUUAUGGUACAAACUAUGCUUAUUGUGGCGGUUUCUAUGGUGCCACCAAUGAAAAGAAUAUGAUGUAUGAUUUGUAUCAUGGAGGCCCUCUUGCUAUUGCAUUUGAAGUGUAUGAUGACUUCUUCAAUUAUCACUCUGGCGUUUACACUCACAAAACAGCUACUGAUUUGAAGAUCAAUGACCCUCAUUGGGAACAAACCAACCAUGCUGUGUUACUCGUUGGUUGGGGAGUUGAAAAUGGAACACCAUAUUGGCUUGUGAAAAACUCAUGGGGUGUUGACUGGGGCAUUAAUGGUUAUUUCAAGAUUAAGAGAGGAGUCGAUGAGUGUGACUGUGAAAGUGAGGCUGUAGCAGCAGAUCCAGUUCUCUAA